GCUAUAAAGCUGCCCAGGCCUGGCUCUCAGCACACCCAGCUGCCUGAGACCCUCCUUCCACCUCCUUAGAGGACAGCCCCACUCUGCCCCCCACUCCUUCAGGGCAGCACCAUGCAGCCCCUGUGGCUCUGCUGGGCACUCUGGGUGCUGCCCCUGGCUGGCCCCGGGGCAACCCUGACCGGGGAGCAGCUCCUGGACAGCCUGCUGCAACAGCUGCAGCUCAGCGAGGUGCCCGUCCUGGACAGGGCCGACAUGGAGGAGCUGGCCAUCCCCACCCACGUGAGGGCCCAGUACGUGGCCCUGCUGCAGCGCAGCCACAGGGACCGCUCCCGAGGGAAGAGGUUCAGCCAGAGCUUCCGAGAGGUGGCCGGCAGGUUCCUGGCGUCCGAGGCCAGCACGCACCUGCUGGUGUUCAGCAUGGAGCAGCGGCUGCCGCCCAACCGCGAGCUGGUGCAGGCCGUGCUGCGGCUCUUCCAGGAGCCGGUCCCGAGGACCGCGCCGCACAGGCACGGGCGGCUGUCCCCGCGCAGCGACCGGGCCCGGGUCACCGUCGAGUGGCUGAGCGUCCGCGACGACGGCUCCAACCGCACCUCCCUCAUCGACUCCAGGCUGGUGUCCGUCCACGAGAGCGGCUGGAAGGCCUUCGACGUGACCGAAGCCGUGAACUUCUGGCAGCAGCUGAGCCGGCCCCGGCAGCCGCUGCUGCUGCAGGUGUCGGUGCAGAGGGAGCACCUGGGCCCGGGGGCGUCGGAAGCCCACAGGCUGGUCCGCUUCGCCUCUCAGGGGACGCCGGCGGGGCGUGGGGAGCCCCAGCUGGAGCUGCACACCCUGGACCUCAGGGACUACGGAGCUCAGGGUGACUGUGACCGUGAAGCACCAGUGACCGAGGGCACCCGCUGCUGCCGCCAGGAAAUGUACAUUGAUCUGCAGGGAAUGAAGUGGGCGGAGAACUGGGUGCUGGAGCCCCCGGGCUUCCUGGCUUAUGAGUGUGUGGGCACCUGCCAGCAACCCCCGGAGGCCCUGGCCUUCAAGUGGCCGGUUCUGGGGCCACGACAGUGCAUCGCCUCAGAGACUGCCUCACUGCCCAUGAUUGUCAGCAUCAAGGAGGGAGGCAGGACCAGGCCCCAGGUGGUCAGCCUGCCCAACAUGAGGGUGCAGAAGUGCAGCUGUGCCUCAGAUGGGGCGCUGGUGCCAAGGAGGCUCCAGCCGUAGGCACCUGGUGUAACCACUGAGCCUUGUAACUGAACAUGUGCAUAGAAGUGGUCUUAAUGUAGGUAUUAAUUUUAAACUUAGCAAGUUACCUCCCUCCCAAUUUAGUGCUCCUGUAUGACCUUUGCCCUGUGUCCUUCCCUCUCCCGUCUUUCCUGUCCAUCGCCCAUCCUAAGCACUUACGUGAGUAAAUAAUGCAGCUCAGAUGCUGAGCGCUAGUGGGAAAUGCUGGCCUGCUGAUUAGAAGAUACAGCUGAGCAAUGCACAGAUUGUCAACUGGGAGAGUCUGUUCUCUGGCAAAUUCUUAACUGAGUCUGGAACAAUACCCUAUGAUUAGAACUGGGGAAAUAGAACUGAUUUGCUCUCUUAUAUGAAGAAUUAAAAUCCCCAAAUCUCUAUUUCCCCAAAAUACUGGCCCAUUCUGGUCUUUUGUAAACAUACCUAUGCCCCUGUUCCCCUGAAAGGUGCUAAGAGGAAGGAUGAAGGGCUUCAGGUUGGGCACAGUGGACAGGGAGUCGGGAUGCCUGGUUUCUGGAUCUGACAGGGCCAUAAGCUAGAACCUCAAACAAACACAGGAGGCUUUAGGUCAUCAUUUCCUCUUAAAAAGGAGGAGCUGGGCUUCAGCUCUAAGACUUCAUUGUCUUGGGGAUCAGACAGCCCCUACCUGCCCCCUGCCCACCCCUCUGGAGACCGAGCCUUGCCUGUGGACAUUUAGAUCAUGUCCCCCACUGUCUUUGAGAACUUGUCACCAGAAACCAUAUGUAUUUCUGUGUUUUUGUUAAUUUAGGCAAAGCAAUUGAAUGUAGAUACUCAGAAGAAAUAAAAAGUGAUGUUU